UGGUCGAGCGCUUGAUGCCAAUCAGUUGGUAUUUCGUGGUCGUGGUAUAAACUGGUAUCAUUUCUUGUGUGCGGUUGACUCGCGUUUUGGUGAUACUAUUUUUCGUGGUUUCUGUGACAAUUUGAAAGAGCAACUUCAAGAUGACCAAACCUGCAGAUAUAGAAAAAAUGCCGGACCGCAUAGCAGAGAUGUUUGUAGGUCGAACGGUGUUUAUAACAGGAGGGUCAGGAUUCUUGGGAAAGGUCCUGAUUGAAAAGCUUUUGAGAUGCUGCAGCGGCGUCAAGAGGAUAUACAUCCUUAUUAGGAACAAGAAGGGCAAAUCCCCUAAGGAAAGGAUACACGAUAUCUUCAAAAAUGCUCUCUUUGACCUUUUAAGGUCUAAGGAUCCGGAUGCGUUCCAGAAAUGCAUACCCAUACCUGGAGACGUAACUGAAAUUGACUUGGGCAUCUCUCCCGAAGAUAGAAAGAAGUUGCAGGAAGAGGUCGAGUUUUUCUACCACUCUGCCGCAACAACCAGGUUUGAUGACACCAUGAAAUACGCCGUUACCAUGAACACCAGGGGUACCAAAUUUGCCCUUGAAUUGGCUAGUCAGUGCAAAAAAUUGAAGUGUUUCAUCCACGUAUCGACAGCGUACGUCAAUCCCCUUCAAGAUGUUCUUGAUGAAAAGUACUACCCUCCUCCAGCCAAUCCUGAAGAAGUCCUCAACAGCAUUAACUGGAUCAAAGAAGACGCUAUGGGAAACUUCACUAAACAACUUCUUGGUGAUAUCCCCAAUACCUACACCUUCACCAAAGCCCUCGCUGAAGCUCUUGUUCACGACCAGAUGGAGAAGUUACCUGCAAUUAUAGUCAGACCUUCUGUUGUUAUUCCAAUAUACAAAGACCCUUUGCCUGGUUGGUGUAACAAUCUACAGGGACCCAUGGGUCUGUUCGUGGGUGCUGGGAAAGGAAUAAUCAGAAGCAUGUAUAUGGACAGCAAAUCCUACGCCGAUAUGGUACCAGCAGACAUAUGUGUAAAUGGAAUGCUUUGUGGAACUUGGUACCAUGUGAACGUGGAAAAGAAACAACGCUACUUCAACCUUACCAGUACCUCUGAUUACCAAUUUUCCUGGGAAGAAAUUAUAGAGAUGGGAAAGAAGAUUGUCUACAACAGGAUGCCUUUCAACCAGUGCGUAUGGUACCCUGGUGGGUCGAUGAAGAAAUCGAGGAUCCACCACGCCAUCUGCUUCUACCUGUUUCAGAUUAUACCAGCACUUUUUAUAGACCUUCUUCUACUAAUUCUAGGGUAUAAACCAGUGUUGUAUCAAAUUCAGAGAAGAAUCGAAAAAGGCCAAGAGAUGUUUGAAUAUUACACUUCAAGAGCGUGGAACUUUACUAAUGACAAGAUGAAAGUAGCCAGAGAUUUGAUGAAUAAAAAGGAAAGAUCAAUAUAUAUACUAGACGGGGAAGGUUUGGAUCUCAUGGAUUAUUUUGAGCAGUGUUUACAUACCGUGAGAUUGACUAUUCUGAAAGAAACUGACGAUAUGCUGCCAGCCGCUCGAAGAAAUAUGAAAAUAUUAUGGGCAUUAGACAGGAUUUGCAAAGGUCUUUUCUUUUACUUCGUAUUUCUUUAUACUUACAGAGGACUAUCGGCCCUUCUUUUUUGAUGAUGAUGUAAUGUGGAAAUGUUAUGUUAAUGUAAAGUAGGGUAAUAAUUUUAAUUAUCUGCUCAAAUUUGUUAUACUUUUACGUUUAAGUAUUGUUUAAUUUUAAGAAAGGAAAGUGUAUCUUAUAUUUUAUAUUAAAAAGAAUUUUCAUAAAAAUAUCGUUAUACAAAAA